UGUGUGAUGAUUACGCGUUCACCUUCGCUCGCUUCGGGACACGGCCUAAUCUCGCAGAGCAGCUCGCCACUUAGCAGUAUUUAUUCAUCAUCACAUUACUCCGUACGAAUACAGUCAGCCUUUGCGAUAAAAAGAAGAGAAAUUAUUUCACAAUAGUGCUUCUCUGCGGGGAGAAACCCUUGUUCCUUUGUAGAACUAUUGUUUCGGGAUCGAUCUUUGUGUUGGCAUUGUUCUAGAAGUGCGGAAAAUUGAGCGGAUUGUGAAAAUUGUGGUGCAAAAUUUGGAAGUGUAACUGUACGGAUCAAGUCGUGAGUGGAAGAUUGGAAAAAUAGCGGAGCAAAAUCGAUUUCCUAGCGCUGCUGCUCUUGGCAGGAGAAGUUCAGUAUACACGUAUAGAGAGAAGUCGAUGACUGGGUGGCGGACGACUACCUUUCCAUUUUCGCGUUUCGGGUCGUCAUGGUCGUCAUCGACGUCGUUGUCUCGGUCGCAAGCGGCAAGGUCUUUUGAAAAAAUAGCUUGUCUAUCUGCUACGCUAAGAAGCUAGUGUGUGGAACAAAGAUAAUACAGUUAAGAAGUCCCCCAGGGCUCAGGUUUGCGUGCGAAGAAUGUCAUAGCGGUCAUAAAAUUAAACCCCAAAAGUUUGGCCAAUAAAGCGAGCGAGUGUCUGUGGCCUGCCCUAGAUAAUAUUAUUGUGUGAGAAAAUAGUGUAUUAUGUUCAGUGGCCAACAAUCCGCUAUUUAGAAACGGAUAAAAAGGCGAGAAAAGUGUGGAAAAACGCGAAGCAAAAUAAACAACAUAAAUCUUUUGUCGUAUGUUUUGUAACAGUGUGAAGAAGAGGAAAAGGCGUAAGAAGAGAAAAUCAGAGUGCACGAGAUUCGAUCCGCCGCCAGCUCGUCCUAAGUAGAUCAGUGGGGUAAAACAACAACGGCAAAGAAAGAUGGCCCUAUCGUCGGAUCCGUACGAGCAGCGGCUGUACAGUCUGUUCCAGGAACAUGAUGUCCAUUCCCAGGGAAAGUUGAACCGGGAAGCGCUGCUGAAGUUGUGCAAGACGUUGGAGCUGCCGAAACCUGCCGAGCUGUUAAAACGGCUGCUACGUGAGGGCAAAACUCAGGUUUCAUUCGGGGAGUUCCGCGAAGGUCUGUUGUACAUCUUGAGUGGUGAAGAACCGGAGGAACCGUCGCCAUCACCUGCUGCAGUACAGCAGCACAACAAGCCGCAUCGAGCUGCGCCGGGUCAGUCAGAUUCCUCCGACGGUCAGAAUGUAUCAACAGGUUCACCCACAGUUGCAUCGCCAAGUGCAGUCUCCAACACUAGCAGCAAUGCCGGAUCAACGUCAAUUACGGCGGGUAGCAUAAGCUCCAACACAUCGAAGCAUCCUCACCAAUUUACCUAUCGCCGCGAUAACGAGACAGCUGCAGCCGAGAGCGAAUCUUCUCAGUCCUCAGUCGUGAAGAUUGUCGGCUGCAGUAGUCGCCUAGUGCCAUCGGGUGAGAGUGAGGAUGAUGAUCUCGUGCAGACAACGAUCAAUCCUACUACCCCUACUACUACUACUACUACUACUACUAGUACCACAGUAUGUGAUAACGAGAAUGAGUCAUCCGAUCGGGAAGUGUCGCCAAAAUUUGUAGUCGGAACGAAAAAGUACGGCCGCCGGUCACGUCCUCGAGAGGACUGCAACGGAGUGGAUUCAUCGUCAGAUUUCAGCAACUCAGACAACGAAUCUGUCCCCCAGCAACACCAACAUCCACAGCAGCCACAGCAAAUAAUACCUCCUUCUACAGACAACGCCUCGAGCAAGAACUCCUCUUCCAAAGUCCAACGAUCCGCUUCGCAGAGUGACAUUCACGGCUCGAAGCGACGUCGGCCCAUGAGCGGAAGCAGGCUUAAGCGUUGUGCUUCACUACCGACCCAUCGUCAGCGACCGGAUCUCGGCAAGCUGAACGCGAAAAACGUACGUGAUCAGCUGAAUAUGGAUCAGAAAAUCGAUAAGAAGAUCUACUUUAUGAAACUUUCGGAAAAUUUACGGGACAUUUGGAACUCGCUGGUCGGUAGCGGUCACGGAGAUUUGCUCAAUCAGUCGCAGUUGGAGAUUGUUUGCGAAAGGGUGGGUCUCCAAAAGCUCCCAGCCAAAUUGGCCGCCCGCGAAGUGUUUGCAAAGCUAUCGCUGCAGCCGAUUGAGGGAAUCAGUUUCGAUGAUUUCAUUUCGUUGCUGCAAAGCGACUCGGACAUCCUUCCCAUCGGUGGCGGUGAAAUGGAACCGACAGUCGGUGGUAAUUGUGGUACUGGUGGCGUGCGAGUGCGCUUAUUUGACGAGAGCGACACCUUCAAGGUUCAGGAACUGGAUCGCGACAGCGUGGAAGAGACGGUCGGGUUCACAAUGCGGAUGCCGGCAGAGUGGACCGCGGAGAUCGGUUCGCUGUCGGCGGCCAUCAUCAUCGAUAUGUGGGAGUCGGCUGGCAUUGGUGAGCCUAGGAGUUUGCUGCAGGAUCUCGGUUUCUACGGCGAAGAGGUGCAGGUAACGGAGCUAAUCAUUGCGCUGGAGGACGAACAGCAACGAUUGGGCGAUGGCAACGAUACGUCUGUGGUUGUGAGGGCAUCGCUGGCACUUCACAAGGCGGAAGUCACCGCCCUCCGGCAGGCGUUCCUUCAGCUCAUGGAGGAAAACAAGAAACUCUACUCCGACAACAAGGAAGCCAACCAAAGAGCGCAACUGCUGCUGCAGGAGGUGGACGAGCGUCACAACUCGCUGGAAAGUGCCACCCGCAACAAGAUUCGUCUUCUGGAGCAGCGCCACCACGAAACGGUGAAGGAACUAACGUCGCAACUGGCGUUUGAGCGGGAACAGCUGUCCUGUGCGAACGCUGGUCUGGAGAAGAGAAUCCAAGGGCUGGAACAGGAUGAGGGGAAGCUGAAGGCGGAAAUGAAUCGGCUGUUGGAGGAGAAUGACGGUUUGCGAGCGGAACAGGAGAACCUCACCAAGGAACUGACGGACAUGUUGGAGAAGAAUAUUAGGUUGAACAGGGAUAUUGCCGAGCUGGAGGAAAACAAUAGGAACGAUUUCGACGAUGAAUUUGAUGGGAAGAAUGAUUUGGAGGUGCUGGAGUUGAUUGAGAAGAAUUCACUGCUGCAGGAUAAGAACAAGGAACUGAAGGACAAGAAUGAUGAGCUGUGCGUAGAGAUCGAAACGCUGAACGUGGAGCUGGCUAAGUUCAAACUGAAGAGAAGUGGCAUCAGUAGGACAAGUUCGUUGGAUGUUUCGCCGGUGAUGGUGGAAGUGACUGGGUUCGAGGAGAAUUCCAGUGCUGCCAGGAAGCGGCAAGGAGAUUCACCGAGUAAGGCUCGGCUUUCGGAUGAAAGUCCACGGUUAGGAAAGUUCCGGAAGUGCAGCAACGAUGUUGAGAAUGAGUCCGAUUCCAGUGGCGAUUGGAUGGCGCUACAUUCGGAACUGGGACUGCGAGUGGAUAGUGCAAUAGCGUCACCGGGGGUGAAUGUUGAGGGUGGUAGCAAGGAAGAAGAAAUUCAACAAUUAAAGGCAAAGAUUUUUGAGUUGGAGAAGAAGUUGAAUGAGAAGAAAGGAAAUGAAAAGAUUGAAUCGGAGUCGGUAGAAAGCGGUAGUAGAGGUACGAGUCAGACGGAAAAGGUAAAGUUGAAGGCAAGGUGCGACGAGCUGGAGGCAAGUUUGGAGCAGAUGAGCAAGGAAUACGAAGCAUGCGAAGAUUACUGGCAAGCAAAGUUGAACGAAGAACGGUUGCUGUACGAGGAGGAACAACGUGUGGCAGAUGAAAAGUUCAACGAGCUACUGAAGAAGAUGGCCGAGUAUGAGGAACAGUUUUCCGGUCAAUCUAGCAACAAAAAUGAGGAUGGUCGGCUUUCUCCGAUUGAGGAGAAAGAUGUUCUAGAGCAGCAGUAUUUGGACCUGGAAGGUGAAUUCCAACAGUCGCAACUGAUUCUAGAGGAGAAGGCUCAUGAAGUCGAGAAACUCAGGAGCAGGAUCCUUGAGUUGGAACAGCUUACCAAAUAUCCGUCGGAAGCGUUACUUGCAACGCCCGACAUGGAAAGCCCCGCCAGUUCACCGAUAAGCUAUCUGUGGAAUCAAAGUACGAUUCAGGCUCCGGCUACUCGAGAUUAUCAAAAUCCACACUGGUGUCAUCCGUCGAAGGUGAACAGCACCCCUCUGGAACAGGGUCACGUCUGUGACGAUGGUAGUACCAGUAGUAAACUAAAUGCUUCUCUAUCGUCACUUCCGUCUAAGGUUGCCGAUGAGCUGAAAGCCGAUGCCGAGGAUGCUGGCUUUGAUCGUACGAUUUCACCGAUCCAGAAACCAAUUGUUGCAGGGACCUCUUCCACUCCUUGUACAGCGACAGAGGGACAAGAACUACUGGCAGACUGUUCCGAUGUAUGCUCGGUGAAAUCGGCCAGAAGUGCACACAGUUUGGCUUCUACCCACAGCAUUCACAAAUCCGUAUCCCAAACGGACGUCGCCAUGAUCAGUCAGGAACAGUUGAAACUGCUAGAGCUGCAAGAUGAGAUCAAGGAUCUUACCCACCAACGGGACUGUCUAAAGAUGGAAUUCCAACAGCUGAAUGAGGUGAAACCGAUCCUGGCGCGAGCCUACACCAAAACGGCGCAUCCUAACCUCACGCAGAAGAUUCAGCACCUGGAGCAGAAGAACCGGCAGUUGCAGUCGAUGCUGAAACAGCAACAGGCCUACACCGAGCAGAUUUUGCAUCAAAUCUGGCAACAGCAGCGUAGCGAAAUCAGUGAGCUUCGCAACCGACUGGAGGCCCAGAAUAUGAUCAUCUCGGACCAAGCCAGCCGACUGGCCAACAACGAUCAGCUGGUACGGGAACUGUACGUCGAGAAUGGUCGCCUUAUAUCGCAGGUACAACGAUUGGAACAGCAGAAGGCCCGGGCCUCAAUGCUCCAGCAGCUGUCGCAGGCUACAGCGAGUGCCCACUGUCAUCCGGGCCAGCUCAGCGGGAUCGUACCCGGAAUGCCCUAGCGCCGGCUGCCUAUCAUUGGCGUAGGCCGGGAGUGUUUUAAUGUGUCAUAAUCGAUAAGAUUGCGUUUUUUUUUUUUAUUUCCGAGCGUGAACAAUUUAUUUGUUAACUUUAUUGAGUAAUUGUUCGUGUCGUCAAGAGAAGGGAGUUCGGUUUUCCGAAUGAUUGAACCAUUGCGCACCAAAAAGAAACCAGAUGAAUGAAGCAGCAAGAUUCGAGUGAGAUGGGUUUUUUGAUUAUGAUUCUUAGAAUUUAUUUACCAACGAGACGGAUCGUUUUCGGCUGACGAAACGAGUCUGGUCCGAAUUGUACAACAAUUCAACGUAUUGUAAUAAUAUAUUCGCAUAUUUAUUUUUUACCUGAUUAGAUAGAAUUAAUUCCAGCCGCUCCUCGCGGGGAGAUAUCAAAUUAUAGAGAAUACAACCAAGAAAAAGUAGCGCAGAUCUAGAAGAACUAACACUCGUCACAUUUAUACUCAAUUUCUUAUAAAUCUGAUUGUAGGCUUCGUCUUGAACUAACUAGUGUAGCACUUUUUCCGUUCUUUUGAGCAACUUUCGAAACUGUCUGUUUACACUUUUCAAAAGGCAUUUGUUUCCCUUUACCGAAUAGAAAAUCUAUCCAAGGUUGAAAAAAAAUCUUUCCGUCUAUUAAAAUGUAGAAUCGACUGAAACUAUUUUCUAUUAGUCUGAAAAUAGAACCGAACAAAAGACAUUUGUUUUUAGAAGAAUGCUCUGUGAUGAUUACGAUUGAAUUUUAUUAUUUCCUCAAAUCUACAUCACGGUUUGGAGCUUUUUCGAUGUAUUAUUAUAAUACUCGAUCGAAAUAUUGCAAUAACAUAGUUGAGGGUCGCAAAAUGUAGACAUUAUCACAUCGAUGUUGAAAAAAAAAUCAGAAGCAGCCUUAACUGUGAGACGUUAACUUUAAUUGGUUUACUCGAUUUCCUCUACACAAGAACGCAUCGGUUCCUAAAUAAACACACUACUCUCACAUACUCGAAAGAAGAACGCACUAACAGGAUAGAAUUGUUUUUAAGAACCUUAUUUACAGAUCGGAAAUAGCAGUAAAGCCUAACAUCAUCAUCCGGAAGAAGACUAAUUUUGCUGUUUUGUGGUGUUUCACAGUUUAAAGUUCAAAGCGAUCGGAUGGGAUGAUGCACCGAAUCGUGUAGGAAAGUUUAGGAUGUGUAAUUCGUGUAGCUUG